CCUCCCAAAACUCCCGUCUUUGAACAGAUUUCAAUUCCUCUGCUAUUUUCUCGAUCGCUUCUUUCAUCAUCUCAUCGCGGUUUCAGCUUCAAAGUUCUGUAAUUCCAGAUAUUUGGGUGUUUAGGAAUCUGUCAAUUCAUUCUUUUCCCGUUGGUUUCGUGCUUGAUCGCUUAAACUCGUUAUUGAUUUUUUUUUUUUUUUUCGGGAAAAAGAUCAGUAGGAGUAAUAGAUCGUUGGAUUUGAAGUGUCAACAAAACACUUCUUACAGCAAAACUGAAAGUUCUUGAUUGAAGACAAGUUAUUUUUGGAAAUUCCUUGUAUUUUGGUUGAAGUAGCUUUUACCUGUUUCUGAAUGUUUGAUACGAAACUAUGCUCUACCAUUAGUUUCUCUUUCAGGUGUUUGUGUUUACAGAUUGUACGAGUUAUUGCUCUUAGUUGCUUUUGGAUGUUGCAUUCGUUAUUGCACUGUUUUUUGAGGUUGCAUGAAUUUCUCCUGUUCAGAUUACACCGGAGAAAUUAUGCAGCAAGGAACACGAUAUUUCUAGGGUUUUCCUCUUCACGGGAUUUUAGUUUCUGCGGGGAAUAACGAAUCAACUAUUUAAAUUUGAAUAGAAACGUUUAUUUAUUCUAUAAUGGAACCGCUAUGGAAGCUCGCCUAUUUGCUCGAGCCCGCCUCCGUCACUCUCAUUUUGACUGCAGUAGCUGUAACCUUCGGAUCGGCAUUUCGAGCUCUGAAUUACGGGAAAGACAUGGAACGAAACCGUGAUUUGUCGGAGGCGUCCAUCACAUUGGAUGGGUCCCAAGCGCUCAUGAUCCCUAUAUUGAGCUCUUGCAGCCUGCUUUUGAUGUUCUACCUGUUCUCAUCAGUCUCGCAGCUUCUCACUGCGUUCACGGCCGUGGCCUCGGUCUCUUCCCUCUUCUUCUGCCUUUACCCUUAUGUCACUUAUAUCAGGUCAAUAUUCGGCUUGGUGGAUCCUUAUGUUUCUCGAUGCUGUUCGAAAUCGUUCACUCGAAGCCAAGGGAUCCUGGUUUUGGUGUGCAUUGGAAUCGUCGUAGCAUGGCUUGUCUCUGGGCACUGGGUGCUGAACAACUUGCUUGGCAUCUCUAUUUGUAUUGCAUUUGUUAGCCAUGUCCGCCUUCCAAACAUCAAAAUAUGUGUAAUUCUGCUCGUUUGCCUGUUCGUGUAUGACAUAUUCUGGGUUUUUUUCUCCGAGAGGUUCUUUGGAGCAAAUGUUAUGGUGUCCGUUGCUACACAACAAGCGUCUAAUCCUGUUCACACUGUUGCAAAUAGUUUGAGCCUUCCAGGGCUUCAGAUGAUAACCAAGAAGCUGGAGUUGCCGGUGAAGAUUGUAUUUCCCAGGGAUUUGUUGGGUGGAAUGGUUCCCGGAGGCAACACGUCAGACUUCAUGAUGCUUGGGCUUGGUGACAUGGCUAUUCCAUCCAUGCUUCUUGCUUUAGUGCUCUCUUUUGAUUAUCAGAAGAGCAGAGAUUCAACAGGGACAUUUGAUUUAUUUUCUUCUAAAGGUCACAAAUACUUUUGGUAUGCUCUUUCUGGAUAUGCCAUUGGAUUGGUGGCUGCUUUAGCAGCUGGGAUCUUGACUCAUUCACCACAACCAGCCCUUCUUUAUCUGGUGGACUCCUCCUUAGGAUGUGGCCACUCUUUUUGAUCCGAGUUUUUUUCACUUUACCAAAGAAAAGAGGCAGAAUAAUGUGAAGGGCAACUAGUGCUGCUAUCCUUUGGUCUUUAUGGGAAGAGAGGAAUAACAGGAUACUCCAAGGAGUGGAAAGAACUAAGGAGCAAGUCAUUGAAUCCAUAGUUGUUAGGGUCAUACAUUGGCUGAUGCCUGAAAGCAACUGAAAUGUUCAAAAAUUUCUCAGCUGAGGAUAUUCUAAGGGGAUGGUCAGUAGCGUCUAACUCUUCAGCUGCACAAAGUGUGGUUCAGCCUCUUUGGACACUUGCAGCACAACAAAGAGUGAAAUUGAACUUUGAUGGAAGCUCAUUGGGAAACCCGGGGCCCUCUGGAGUUGGGGGAGUUUUCAGGGAUGGGGAGGGCAGGAUGCAGGCACUUUAUUUUGGCCCAAUAGGCGUGGGAGAUUCCUGAAGGGCUGAAGUUAUGUCUCUACUUCAAGGUAUGAGAUUGGCCAAGCAAUGGGGAUAUCAAAACCUUGAGGUAGAGGGAGACUUUAAAACUUCUAAUAGGAUGGCUGCAGACAAAAAGCUUGGGUGUAUGGACUCUUAGACAACAGAUGAGGGAAAUACUUUGCCUAGCAAGGGAAGUGGGAGUAAUUUUUAAAUGGGUAAGGGGAUCAGCCAACCCUGUGUCUGACAAUCUGGCAAAGCAGGGGACUCUCAGGGAAAGCUUAUUUUGGGCUGUAUUAUUGUAAGAUUUGAGAUUCAUAUGGGGUCAACAUUUAUGCUCUGAGUGGUUGAUACUAUUGUAUUUAAUGUUAUUUUAAUGAAAGUUACCGUUUCCAAUAAAAAAAAGGUGGUGUUGGGUGAGAAGAAAAAUCUAAGAACCAUGACUUCAAAUAGAAAGUAUUGACCUUAUGUAAAAAAUAUUUGGGUAACCACAUACCCCCUCCCCCUCCCCCAAAAGGAAACAAACCCUAUUAUCACAUAGCCCACUGUGUUAGCAUUCUGCCAAAAAAUGGAUGGAAUAUGCCCAUAUGCCUUGUCAG